UAAUCUGCCAACUGGAUAUGUAAGAAAAUAGUCUAGAUUUCUAGUAAUAGUGGUUGAUAGUCAUUGCUCUGAAGAUUGUGUGAGGUGCAUUCAGCAGUUUGAUUGCUUUCUGUCUCAAUUUAUGUGUUGACAAGGGUUUGACUCAAACUAUUUAUUAUUCAAUUUUUGUAGUAUUUGGUUUAGUAUUAGUGAAUAAAAAUUAUGUAUUUAGAAACUACAUUAAAAUUUAAAAUGCACCCCAAAAAAAAUCGAACUUAAAAAUUAUAAGAAAAUGUUAAAGAAAAUUAAAUGAUUUUUUUUAUAUGUACUUAUGUACUCUUUUGAUGGACAUUGAAAGCUCAAUUCUCUUGAUGGCAGUUGUUGAUUUCUGAUACAUGGCAGUUCAUCUUUGACCAUUAUUUCAGUUUGUAUUUUCUUGGGGGAGUUGCCUAUUUCUCUUUUUCCUUUUCUAUUUUGUAGAGUUUAAGCAGCAAUGGACCUUUAUCACUUUUAGGUAAGGAAGUGGCUGGUUUUGAUGUCUAGAUUAUAUGCAUUUAGAUAUUUGAUCACAGGUGUUCUAUGAUGCUUCAAAUUGUUCUUGCUUUCAUCUGUGGGAACUUGCGUAAAUAUUAUGAAGUAGUUGAUCUGCCCAAGCUGACUCUGCUUAGAAUGCCAUCGGUAAAUCCAGAUUUAACUGAAGAAGGGAGUGAGCCAUUUGCUGAGGUUGAUCCAACAGGUAGGUUUGGUCGGUAUGUGGAGUUGCUUGGCCAUGGUUCUGUGAAGAACGUGUACAAGGCGUUUGAUUUGGAAGAAGGCAGAGAUGUUGCGUGGAACCAAAUUAAGUUGGGAAAAUUUAGUGACAGGCCAUGCAUAAUACAGAAGAUCCACUCUGAGAUUGAGUUGCUGAACACCUUAAAGCAUGAGAACAUCAUAGUUCUCUAUCAUUUCUGGAAAGAUGUCGAAAGGAACUCCUUGAAUUUUAUAACUGAAGCGUGUGCCUCAGGUAAUCUGAGGGAUUACAGGAACAAGCAUCGUCGUGUUUCAAUCAAGGCCUUGAAGAAGUGGUCAAGACAGAUACUGCAGGGCUUAGAUUAUCUCCAUACUCAUGAUCCCUGUAUCAUCCACCGAGACCUCAAGUGCAGUAACAUUUUCAUUAACGGGAAUAUUGGGAAGGUAAAGAUUGGGGAUCUGGGCAUGGCCGCAGUCGUGGGGAAGAGCCAUGCGGCACACUCAUUGCUAGGGACGCCGGAAUUCAUGGCGCCUGAGCUUUACGAAGAGAACUACAACGAAUUAGUGGAUAUAUAUUCCUUUGGGAUGUGCCUGCUGGAAAUGGUCACUCUGGAAGUACCAUACAGCGAGUGUGACAGCGUCGCAAAAAUAUACAAGAAGGUGACAAGUGGGGUGAAGCCCCGAGCUCUUACUAAGGUGACAGAUGCACAACUGAAGGGCUUCAUCGAGAAGUGCAUUGGACAGCCAAGAAGGAGGCCUUCAGCAUCAGACCUGCUGAAAGACCCAUUCUUUCAUGAUAUCCUUGACUAUGAUGAGAAUGAUAUGUGUGUGAUGCCUCAUUUCCUAGACUCUUGAAAUCCUAUCUCUGCACCUCAUUGCUACCAAGUUUUAUAGGAGUUUGUAUCUUUAGAACUUAGAAGUGUUUGGUAAACGAUGGACAAAUUGGCUUAGCAGAUGAUUAUCAUUAUGUUAAAAUUUGAAAUCGAUUAAAGAUAAUGGAUUGAUUUUAGUUUUUUAGUUUA